AAAGUCUGUUGGGUUUCUUUCUGUUUUUACCUCCAGGUGAACCUUUUGACCCCACGAUCCUUCUGAGCCGCACAGUAUCAAACGUAAUCUGCUGCCUGGUGUUUGGCCAGCGCUUCAGUUAUGAAGACCAGCAGUUUCAGAACCUUCUCAGUUCUAUAUCUAAGUUAAUCAGGUUUAACAGCAGCCCUUUGGGUAUGCUGUACAACAUCUUCCCUUCGGUCAUGCACAAACUUCCUGGCCCGCAUCAGACUGUCUUCGCUGGGAUUGAUCAGAUCAGAGAUUUCAUCCAGAUCAAAAUCCGGGAGCACAAAGAGACGCUGCAUCCCAGCUCACCGAGAGACUUUAUUGACUGCUUCCUUAUCAGAGCUCAUCAGGAGAAUGAUAAUCCAUCUACUGAGUUCCACUAUGAAAACCUGGUAUCUACGGUGCUGAAUUUGUUUGCAGCAGGAACAGAGACCACCAGCUCCACCAUCAGAUAUGCUCUUAGUGUGUUGAUAAAACACAAGGACAUACAGGAAAAAAUGCAAGAGGAGAUUAACACUGUGAUUGGCAGAGAUCAGUGUCCCAGCAUGGAGGACAGGCAAUCUCUCCCGUUCACUGAUGCCGUCAUUCAUGAGGCUCAGCGUUUUCUGGACCUCGUCCCCUUCAGCAUCCCUCACUACGCUCUUAAGGACGUCUCUUUUAAGGAUUACGUGAUCCCUAAGGGGACUAUCAUUGUACCCUUGCUGCACUCAGUCCUUAAAGAUGAGAAGCAAUGGGCGACUCCCUUCGCCUUCAAUCCUCAGCAUUUUCUAGACCAAAAUGGCAACUUUAAGAAAAACCCAGCAUUCUUUCCAUUUUCUGCAGGUAAAAGAUCCUGUGUCGGAGAAUCUCUGGCUCGUAUGGAGCUCUUUAUCUUCUUGGUGACGCUCCUGCAGGACUUCAGCUUUUCCUGUUCUGGAGGUCCCAACAGUAUUGACCUCAUUCCAGAAUACAGCACCUUUGCCAAUGUGCCUCGUUCUUAUGAUAUAAUUGCAACACCUCGAUGAAAAACAAAAGCUAAAUGAUGCAACCAAACAAAGAUCCUCUCUUCCUUUUUUAUUUGAUGUAUCUAUAAAACCGUAAUUGUUCGCAAAGCAUUAUCAGAAAAAAAAAAAAUCAUUGGAAUAUAAUUGAAUACUAUAAUAGACUAGUAGAGAAAGCCAAAAAGUCUUGGACUCCACCAUUCCCCUACACACAUAGUUUAAGCCCCUCCUUCCAUGUAGGAGAUUUAUAUAGAACGAAUACACUUAAAGUCGUAGGGAAGCCAUAUUUAAAUUUCAAAUCCUUCUGGCUUAAACGUAUAUAUAAAUGUCUGUCUUAAAGCCUUAAACCCUUUUUUUCUGGUUAUUUUAUGCAGGCCAGUUAGUUAUACGUCAGCUUGUACACCUAAAUUCGGCCAAUCAUAUAUCAAUGGUUUCAGCAAUCACAUUCUCUUUAUUCACUCAUGUAAAGUCUGGCAUCUCUUGGGAGAAUUCAGAAUUGCAACCACUGGAAAUGCCGUUUCCCUAUGACUUUAAGAGCUCUUUUAUCCCAGCAGUCACUGUAAGUAGAUAAACAUGUCCUCAUUUUAAUAUUUCUAUCAUGUCUUUUCAAACAUCUUUUGUGAAAGUUUCUUCCACUACUCGCUUUAAGUACCUAAAAACCUAAAAAGGCCAAGUUUUAAAGAUGAACAUGUUCAAAGCUGAUCAUUAACGUUGGACAAUGUUUUGACUGAUGUAUUAAAUGUGUGUUUUUAUGCUUUUUCUUUAUGU